GGGGUUGUCCUUAUUUGACUAGGGUGGAAAAUGGUGGAAAGGAGAGUCAGACAGCUGCAGUAGACGGAGGGAUACAAAUCGUUUUUAUCUCUGCCCUGGACUACCUUUGUGUGGAUCUUAACGUGGCAGAAGAAAAGCAGUAAUGGCUGAUGCUACACAAAUCAAGAAAACAGCAGCUAAAGUGUUGUGCUGCGUGGAGAAGGUUUCCUCCUUCGCCUCCUCCAUUGAUCCCAUCUUUGGCAUUGUAUCCUCCCUUGUUGGAGUAGCUCGCAAGGGACUAAUGGAAGAGGAGGGCCAUGCUCUGGACAAGGACUUCCAGGCAAUCAACAACAAAUUGGAAAUUAUCUCUCAAAAGAACCAACUAUGCCUGAAGAAGAUCCGCAUUGAUGAAGUGAACGAAACAUAUGGCAAGUAUGAAGAGUAUAUAAAGCACCAAUAUAAUGCUUUCAACUACAUGGUGUCAAUGGUGAAGAAAGAUCCAGACAAUUGCCAGCGCUACAUGGACACCUUUGAGAAGACUUAUGAAAGAGACAAGUCCGACAUGAGCCUGGAUGUGUACUACCGUGGUGUGAUGGGCAUAAAAACGCAGUUUGGAAGACCUCUGUUGAAGGUGUAUCUGGACAACUGCGAUGGUGACCGUGAAAUCAUGGAGCAUCACUGUUCUCACAUCGCCCAUUUGUUCCACAUGGGCCUCAUUUCCCUCAUGGGCUACACAGCCGUUACUGAGGAUGAUGAAGAUGAGGUGCGGGAGAAGUGGGCCAGCAGGGUGGAAGACAUCCAGGAGAAGAUGCAGGAGGUGCUCCGUCAGUGCAAAGACAAAUCAUCUUAAACAUGUAUCAACAAAAAGAGGAUAUACCCUUGGUUAAAAACCAAAAACACAGAAAAGUGUCUAAUUUCACCUUUCAACUAAUUGAAAGAAGAUAAAUUAUGUAGUAAUUAAAAAUAUAUGUCAAACCAAAGCCAUGUUACAUGUGUGCACUUCAGUUGCAGCUGUUUUUCCAAAUUCCUGGAUUGAACCUAUUAUGUUGACUGUGUAUGUUAUUUUUAAGUGACCACUAUACUUACAUUUGCUAUGUGUUACAUCAAUAAAUGCUGAAGUUUUAUACAAUCUCUUCAAUAAAAUGUAUAAAUUAUUAAAUGGUUAA